AUGAAUUUUCGUAGGAAUAAUAUUUCUCUUAUUCCAGCAUUACCUGCUUUUACUCAAUGUUAUGAUGGUACUAUAUUAGGAUUAUUAGAACUCUACGGUGAAUUGCCAAAAGAUAAUCUAUUUUGUAAAAUUUUUGAUAUUUGUAAUUCAACAGAUCGACAAGAUCGAAAUGGAAAAGGAUGGUUUGUUACUCGAGAUGGAUUUUCAUAUACUCCUGAUUCCUUAAAUUUUGAUGAAAGAAUGCCAAAUUUAAUGCCUUAUCUUGACUACAAUAAAUUAAUGAAUAUAUCAAGCGCAAUCCACCACAAUGAUACACAGCAUUCAAAAGAUUUAGUAGAAGUAAUUGAAAUGCAAGAACUUAGUUUAAUCAAUAUUUUAAAUUUUUUAAUCAAUCAAAAUAUUGUUGAUAAAGAUACACAUAUUGCAAUAACAAGUUGGACUACAUGGCCCAUUGAAAUUGGUCAACAAACGAAUGAGUUAAGAUCUGGUGGUAUGGCUCAUACUGCAAAUGAAAUCUUUGAAUAG